GCUGAAGACCAUAUAGCUUCAGAACCAAGGAUUAAAAAACUGGAACCAGUACUUCUGCCAGGUGAAAUUGUGGUAAAUGAAGUAAAUUUUGUAAGAAAAUGCAUCGCAACAGAUACAAGUCAGUAUGACCUGUGGGGCAAAUUGGUUUGCACUAACUUCAAGAUUUCCUUUAUUACGGAUGAUCCAAUGCCACUACAGAAAUUCCAUUACAAAAACCUCCUCCUUGGCGAACAUGAUGUCCCACUAACAUGCAUUGAGCAGAUUGUCACAGUGAAUGACACCAAGAGGAAGCAGAAGGUUCUUGGUCCCAACCAAAAACUUAAAUUUAAUCCAACUGAAUUAAUAAUUUAUUGCAAAGACUUCCGUAUUGUCAGAUUUCGUUUUGAUGAAGCGGGUCCUGAAAGUGCAAAAAAGGUGUGCCUUGCAAUAGCUCAUUAUUCUCAGCCAACAGAUCUUCAGCUUCUUUUUGCAUUUGAGUAUGUUGGCGAAAUAUACCAUAAUCCAGCAAAGAAGGUGAAUGGAAUAGACCCAGGAGGUGGUGGUGGUGGCAUCGGCAGUGCCAGUGGUCAGCAGACACCUUUGUUUGAAACUUACUCUGAUUGGGAUAGAGAAAUCAAAAGGACAGGUGCAUCAGAGUGGAGAGUUUGUUCAGUCAAUGAAGGUUAUAUGAUAUCUACUUGCCUUCCGGAAUAUUUUGUGGUUCCAUCUUCCUUAGCAGAUCAAGACCUCAAGCUAUAUUCCUACUCUUUCAUUGGGAGACGAAUGCCAUUAUGGUCCUGGAAUCACCCUAAUGGGAGUGCCCUUGUAAGAAUGGCCAACAUUAAAGAUGUGUUGCAACAAAGAAGAAUUGAUCAAAGGAUUUGUAAUGCGAUAACUCGAAGCCAUCCCCUGAGAAGUGACGUUUACAAGUCUGAUCUGGACAAGUGUCUCCCCAACAUCCAGGAAAUCCAGGCUGCACAUAUCAAACUCAAACAGCUGUGUGUUAAUGAGCCUUUUGAAGAAACUGAAGAGAAGUGGCUAUCCUCACUGGAAAAUACUCACUGGCUAGAGUAUAUUAGAUCGUUUCUUAAGCAUUCUGCUGAGCUUGUAUAUAUGAUGGAGUGUAAGCACGUUUCUGUAGUUCUGCAAGAGGAAGAAGGACGGGACCUGACCUGUCUUGCUGCUUCUCUCAUUCAAGUCAUGCUGGAUCCCUAUUUUCGAACAAUUGUUGGAUUUCAAAGCUUAAUACAGAAGGAAUGGGUCAUGGCAGGAUAUCAGUUUUUAGAUAGGUGUAACCACUUAAAGAGAUCUGACAAAGAGUCUCCUUUGUUCUUGAUGUUUCUUGACUGUGUUUGGCAGCUGCUAGAACAAUACCCAGCAGCCUUCGAGUUUUCUGAGAUGUACUUGACCAUAUUGUACGACAGUGCACGUAUCUCAUUGUUUGGCACUUUCCUUUUCAAUUGUCCUCACCAGCGAGUAAAGGAAAGCACUGAAUUUGCCAUAAGCAAAAAUAUUCAACUGGGUGAUGAGAAAGGCCUCAAAUUUCCUUGUGUUUGGGACUGGUCCCUGCAGUUUACCAGCAGGGAUCGCCUGCUCUUUCACAACCCGUUGUAUAUUGGGAAGAGUGCACCGUAUGUACAAAAUGGAGCAGUGAAAACUUUCAAACGCUCAAAGAAAAACUACAGCUCCACAUUGCGAGGUGUCCCCCCAGCAUUAAAAAAUGGGAUCAUCAGCGAGCAAGAGUUCCUUCCAAGAAGAAACUCUCUGAUACUAAAGCUGAAACCGGACUUUUUACAGCAAACAGAGAGUCAGAGUAACAGUAUGGAACAGUACUUCAGAGACUGGUUUGCAAAGCCUGUUGACUUGCAUGGCGUAAUUCUACCCCGUAUCUCUGGAACACAAAUAAAACUGUGGAAACUGUGCUACUUCCGCUGGGUUCCCGAGGCCCAGAUUCAUCACGGUGGCUUCAUCACUGCUUUCCAUAAAGUUUCUUUGCUGGCAGAUGAAGUAGACAUGUUAAACCGCAAUCUUCGGCAGUACAAAAGCAACUCUUCUUUGCAAGGCAACUGCUCGGAACUGGAUCAAAGCAGGAUGUACUUCAGAGCAAAUGGUUUAAAUGACACCUCUGGGGCCCCAGACUUUCUCUCCUCUUCGUUCCCGUUUUCUCCUGUAGGGAACCUGUGCAGACGGAGCAUUCUGGGAACACCGUUGAGCAAGUUUUUAAGCGGUGCCAAAAUCUGGCUAUCCACUGAGACACUUGCAAAUGAAGACUAAGAUGAUGGUUGAAAGGUUUGGGGAGAAUACAGCAUAUCGUUUUGUCUUUUCUAAGUUAACACUGCUAACUGUGGCAUUGAAAGCUGUAAUAAUUUUUAUAUACAAACAUUACGUAAGUUUUGCACAAAUAUUUAAAAGCAAAGCGAGUCAUGCUUCAAAUCGCACAAUUUUGUCUUCAGUAGUUCUCAUCUGCUAGGGCUUCUGGUCCCCAAUUCUGU